UCUAAAGCGGUCGCCUUUGUUCGAAUUAAAAAAACAUACAUCAAAAAAGCUUUCCUGAGAGACCUAAGUGAUCUUGUCGAGGGUCUGGAUCUCGCUGUAGGAAAUACUUGGACCGAGGUUGUUGAACUGUAAACGCCUUGAACUGAUGUUUGUCAUCUAAAAGCGGAGAUUGUAAAUGGACCAUAAGGCAUAUUGGCCCGGUGAAUUCUGUUGGCCUGUAAGCAUUCACUAUGCCACACGAUGUAGGUAGGAGCGCAUUUGACGAUAUCAUGCCAAGCUCUUCAUUAAAGAUCGCUUGUUUUUUCUUUGUGGUUUCCUGUAUGUCUUCGAGCACAGUACAGGGGACUCCUGUAAACCCAAAAUUCAGAUUGACGAAAGAUGGACUUUCAAGGCAACCAAGAAGUUCAAAUGCCAUGGAUAAACUUUUCGUUGAUCCUACGGCUACACUCAGGGGCAGGUUGUAUUCUAGGACUGGUUAUUUCCUAGAGAUUUUAAAAAAUGGAACUGUGCAGGCCACAAUGAACAAUUCGUCUGAAUACACCAAACUUGAAAUGCAAAGCUAUAAUAAAACCUUGAAGAGGUUUAAGGGAAUUUUGAGCAAAAAUUUCUUAGCAUGUGAAUUAAGAGGCAGAAAAAGAGGACGAUUUAUUGGAAGGGGGAACCUGAGCACUGAUUCUUUGUUUGUGGAGCACAUGGAGGAAAACCACUACUUAACUUACAGACCUUUCAAUAUUCUAAAUAUCUAUAACAACACGGGCUACCUCGCCAUUAAAAGUAACGGCAAGUUUAGGAGAGUGGAACGUGCAGAAGCCGGCAUGUAUGCUUCACAAUUUACUUUUCUACCUUUUGAUAUGUAAGUGGUCUACACAUGUUUCAAGAGAAAACAAUAUAUAUGAGAGGGAGGUGGUUGUACUGGGGAGGACUCAUAUUUGAAAGAGGAAAGGAAGAGGUGUUAGCUCUCUUUAAUGAGACCAAAAAAAGACGUUGCUCGAUGGCUUUACAUUACCACUGAAAGAUACUUGCCUCGUUGGAAAACAGCAGACUAGCAAUUUAAAUGAUAGCUGAAAGGACAUUAAGUACUAUCUUCGUAAUAAAUUUAGAUCAGCAAGGUGUAACUCUAAAAAGAUGGCUCGGAAGCUAUAUAGAUUGACCUUUUCUCCUGUUCACUACAAGUGAAAACAAUGUGUGAAUUCGUCUCAAAGAGAGAAGGCAAGUGUUCCCUUCCCUUUCACUUUGGUGUCUUCCCCGCAUGUAAUGAUGAGGAAUUGGAUAACAAGACGAUAUAUUACGAUGGUCAAUGCAGGCUGCUGAGCAGCUUGACGUCCUGCGGAAGUAUUAUUAACUUAUUCUAAGAAAUAGCUAUAUAGUUUUUAAUUUAUAAGCAUGCGUUAUUUUAGUCUUGUUGAGAAUGCUAGUGCUCACGAAGUCGAAUUGCUUCCCGAAAAGACGUCCGUCACGACCGUGGAUUCGUGUGUGCCCUUAAUGGCAGAGUCGCAUAAUGUCCGAGUACAUUUGGUUCUCUAUUUUGGUUCUCAACAAUACUCUGCAAAAAAAAAAAAAACAAUUUUCAAGGCCACAGUCAUGAUCCAUUUUAGUCGACGGUUUUCAGGAAACUUCAGACAGUUCUCGUCGGAGUCGUUAACUAAGAGAAACAAAUUUUAAAUGAUCAAAGAAAUCAAACAUUUGAGGUGUCGAUUAAGGUGGCUAUGUUUCUGGAAAAGGUGUUCAUUACCAAAACUCUCUGAAAUGGUAACUUGCUGAGCCCAAAUGUAUAAAGGGCGGAUGACGCUAUUCAACGGGUGAAUGGCUAUCCAGCGGAUACGUGAUAACAAAACGUACUGCGCGGCAUCUACCGGAUAGAGGUUUAUCCGGUGGAUAACGUCAUCUAAUCUACAAACAACUGGAGCCUGUUGAAAAUCAGGGGUUAUGAGAAUGAAUAAAUCUGAAUAUUUUAAAUAUAGUUAGGAUUUGCGCCUUUUUUCCGAAAAUAUAGCGUUAGUGAUAGUCUUUAGUCAAUGGAUGAGGUAAAUCUUUAUUUAACAGCAAACGGAAAUCUGCUCAUACUUCUGAUUAAAAACAGAUCAAGUUAAAAGAGGCAUAUGCAAACUUUGUCGACGAUUUAGCUAGUGGCUGAUUUUUAUGUUAUUUGGCACAAAGUGCAACUAUUUAUUUAUUUUAUGUAGCUGUUGGCUAUUUAAGUGAUUCUAAAGACGAAAACGAUGUGUGUGCAGGUAAUCAUAUGUUUCAAUGCUGAGCCUUU